UCUCAAAUCGUUCGCUACUAUUCGGCAACAGUCGUCAAAUUUUGGUGACACGUUUGACAGUAUGGUUGGAGGAAGGGAUUUGGCUUAGAGAGGGGAUUCAGAUUAUGAUAUUAGUAUUUCGUAUAAGUUUUAUAAAAGAUUUUUUGCUUUGCUCGAUACCUAUAUAAAGCGAACGAUUCCAUCGAAAUGGCAAUCCAGAACAGUUCGAAGCUUCUUCGAGAGAUCUUCAAAUCUAAAAAUUAUCAAAAUUAAUCUCAACAUGAGCCGACUGGCAAUCGUUUUGUUCGCCCUCCUCUCGGUGGCUUUUACCGCUCCGAUCAACGAAAAGGAAGUGGUCCAGAUUGUGAAACAGAGGGUGUCUGAGCCAGCACCCGACGGUAGCUAUAACUACGAAUACGAGACGGCAAAUGGUAUUCAAGUUGCGGAAGAAGCGCAGGUUAAUGUCGGUGGUGACGUCCUUCUUAAACAUGUCACUGGUUCUUUCACCUAUACUUCACCUGAAGGUUUACCUAUUCAUGUUACCUAUACCGCCGACGAAAACGGAUUCCACCCUCAAGGUGAACACUUACCAGUUCCACCAGAAAUACCAACUCAUAUUCAGAAGGCUCUAGACUACAUCGCUGCUCAUCCUGAGGAGAAUGAUACUAAUAAUUAAUAGCACUGUCAAAAGAAUCUUUCUUCCUUUUUUUCUUUUUCUUCUUCUUCUUCUUCUUCUUCUUCUCCUUCCCUUCUAUUUUUCUUUCUCCACUCUUCUUCAUUAACAUCUUUGCCCAACUCCUGUUCAUCUUUCAUGGAUGCAUCCGAAAUAGGAAGUUUUCUAUAAAGGACACACGAUACCUUAUUUCGAUCCUUCCUCGACGAGAGUAGAAGAAUCAAUGCCUUUGUACUCGCGAUCCUUCUUACGUAGUAAUAAGAAGCGAUUUAUUAUUGUAAACAAUCUCGAGAUGUAUUCCACGUCAAGCCCAGGAGUAGGACAAACUAUGUUAUUGUUACUGUAAAUAAAGUCAUUUUUAUAUACGCAACUUUGACAACGAUCUUU